UGCAGGGGCGGGCCGGGGCGGGGGCGCACAGCAUGGCGGAAGCGGAAGGGAUUUCGCUUCUUCUGUUGCCGCGGCAGCCAACCCCGCCCGGGAUGGCGGAAGUGGAGGCGCCGACGGCGGCCGAGAUGGACCAGAAGCAGUUCAGCGGCAGCGGCGCCAUGGACGUGGAGCGGAGCCGCUUUCCCUACUGCGUGGUGUGGACGCCCAUCCCGGUGCUCUCGUGGUUUUUCCCCAUCAUUGGCCACAUGGGCAUCUGCACAUCCACAGGAAUCAUUCGGGACUUUGCUGGCCCCUACUUUGUCUCGGAAGACAACAUGGCCUUUGGGAAGCCUGUCAAGUACUGGAAGUUGGACCCUGCCCGGGUGUACGCCAGCGGGCCCAGUGCGUGGGACACAGCUGUGCACGACGCCUCUGAGGAGUACAAGCACCACAUGCACAAUCUCUGCUGCGACAACUGCCACUCACACGUGGCGCUGGCCCUGAACCUGAUGCGCUACAACAACAGCACCAGCUGGAACAUGGUGACCGUCUGCUUCUUCCUCCUGCUCUACGGGAAGUAUGUCAGCGUCGGGGCCUUCGUGAAGACCUGGCUACCCUUCGUCCUCCUCCUGGGCGUCAUCUUAGCUGCCAGCCUGGUCUUUAACCUUCGGUGAUGGCUGCCUCGUGGCCCUGGACCUGCCACUCCUUUGGUUCCAGAUUCUUUUUUCUCUCCCCAAGAGGCAGGGAUGGGCCUGCUGCUGGUUUUGAUCCAAGAGUCUGGGCUAGUGGGAUGGAAUAGGCUGAGGGUGAGCAGGGCUGGGGGGGGGGGGGGGGGUAGUUGCAUAUUGUGUCUCACUGGUCACUCAGAAGUUCCCUGUGCCCUCCUCCCCAGGCUGGUGAGCACCUCCUCCCAGUGCUUCAGGCACCCUCUCUGUUCAUCUGUGGGAAAGACUUAAACUUCUCCUGUAGCUGCUCCUGUGCUGCCUCAGCUCAGUGUCUGGUGGGGAGGGGAAGCAAGGGGAGGGCAUUUGGAGCCUAUUCUCCUGCCAGGCCUCCAUCCGGGGGUGGGUGUUGUACACUAGGAAGUCUCCACUAGCUAAGCCACCCUGCCCUCUCCACUGGCCUCUAGAAUGGUCCAGCAGGACUGGAUGGCCCCCCUUCGGCCAGAAGCUGCACUGGGAGUAGUUUGUACCCCAUCUCCUGGGGUCCUGCAGACCAUGCAGCCCCUUCCCCCCUCUCCCCUCUCCCAGGGCCUAUCUCUCACCUGAGCCCAUCCCCCUCAGCAAGUCGGGGCCUGAUGUGUCCAGUGACACCCUGAGAUCAGAGCAGUGGAAACAGCCUGGCCCGGCCCGAGGGUGGGCCUCACUGGGAAUGGCAGCCCUUGGGUCCAGGAUGUGCCGGAGCAGCCAGUGCCAUCAUGAAGCUGAGGGAGCCGUUUCCUCCUCACCAGGGCUCCCUCCCUGUGCUGCCCCCUCCUUUCUGCCCCCCGAUCCCUGGACGGGACGAUAAAGAAUUUAAACUCCA